AACUACAGUUCCCAGCAGGCCGCGGGGCCGCAGACGGCAGCGGCGGAGGAGAGCGAGUAGAAGAGCCCUGCGCGCGCGGCGAGGAUGGAACGUUGCUAGAGUUCGCGGGUCUUGCUGCUGGGGGUCGGAGCUGCAGGCCGUGAGCCGCCGCGCGCGCCAAAGCGGGAAUCCCGGAGGCGGGCAGUUCUGCAGUUAAUGUACGCAUUUAAAACUCCAGAACCCGUGGACGCCAUGCACAGGAAACACCUCCAGGAGAUUCCCGACCAGAGUAGCAACGUUACCACCAGCUUCACGUGGGGAUGGGAUUCUAGCAAGACAUCUGAACUGCUGUCGGGCAUGGGGGUCUCUGCCCUGGAGAAGGAGGAGGUGGACAGUGAGAAUAUACCCCAGGAACUGCUCUCAAACCUGGCCCACCCUCAGAGCCCUCCCCGAAAACGGCUGAAAAGCAAGGGGAAUGACAAGGACUUUGUGAUAGUCCGCAGACCUAAGCUAAAUCGAGACAACUUUCCAGGUGUUUCAUGGGACUCACUUCCAGACGAGCUGCUCUUAGGGAUCUUUUCCUGUCUGUGCCUCCCUGAACUCCUAAAGGUCUCCAGUGUUUGUAAGAGGUGGUAUCACCUAGCGUUUGACGAGUCUCUGUGGCAGACAUUAGACCUCACAGGUAGAAACCUGCACCCAGAUGUGAUUGGUCGGUUGCUGUCUCGAGGGGUGGUUGCCUUCCGCUGCCCACGAUCAUUUAUGGAUCAACCAUUGGUUGAACAUUUCAGCCCUUUCCGAGUGCAGCACAUGGAUCUGUCCAACUCUGUUAUCGAGGUGUCUACCCUCCAUGGCAUUCUGUUGCAGUGCUCCAAGUUGCAGAACCUAAGCCUGGAAGGCCUGCAGCUGUCGGAUCCCAUUGUCAAUAAUCUUGCACAAAACUCAAAUUUAGUGCGCCUGAAUCUUUCUGGGUGUUCUGGGUUCUCCGAAUCUGCCCUGAAGACCUUGCUGAGCAGCUGUUCCAGAUUGGAUGAGCUGAACCUGUCCUGGUGUUACGACUUCACCGAAAAGCAUGUGCAGGUGGCUGUCGCGCAUGUGUCUGAGACCAUCACCCAGCUCAAUCUCAGCGGCUAUCGAAAGAAUCUGCAGAGAUCAGAUGUCUCUACUUUAGUUGGAAGAUGCCCCAAUCUUGUCCACCUAGACUUAAGCGAUAGUGUCAUGCUGAAGAACGACUGCUUUCCAGAAUUUUACCAGCUCAACUACCUCCAACAUCUCUCACUCAGUCGGUGCUAUGAUAUAAUACCUGAAACUUUACUUGAACUUGGAGAAAUUCCCACACUAAAAACACUACAAGUUUUUGGAAUCGUGCCAGACGGUACCCUUCAACUGUUAAAAGAAGCCCUUCCUCAUCUACAGAUUAAUAGCUCCCAUUUCACCAGCAUCGCCAGGCCAACCACGGGCAACAAAAAGAACCAGGAGAUAUGGGGCAUCAGAUGCCGGCUGACGCUGCAGAAGCCCAGUUGUCUAUGAAGUAUUUAUUGCGGGAUGGUGUCCCCUCUUUUCUUUGGAACAGGGAAAAUAGGCAGGAAGCCCGCCUGCUGGAGCACUCAGCUAUUUUUAUUCUUGGUUUUCCCUUUGCCUUCUUUCUGCAAGUAUAUUAGAUGACCAUUUGAGAGCGAAAACUAUGAAGUUUUGCUUUUUCUAAAUAACCAGAAAAGGUCUGGUCACUGCUUCUAGUGCACUUAAGAGCCUAAGUUUAAGGCCUUUUGGAAUUUUAGGAGAGCCUAUUAAUUUCAGGAUACCUUAAACAGCAAGAUUUGAGCCACCUUUCAAGUGCCCUUCUUAUUCAAUCUAUUUAGAAUCAAGCGUAAGAAUCAUGACCAGCAAAUCAUUUUCAUGAUCUAUAUGGUAACUUUCUUCUAUUUAAUUUCUCAGUAUUGCUUUAUGAGACGUAGAUUGGUAGAAGUAUUUGUAUUGUGAACGGAACAAAAGGAGAAUCUAGGAUAGUAGCAUUUUGGCAAUCUCUUCUGGAGAGCGAAAAAUAGGCCUUUCACCUUUGCCUUUAGGUUUGAAAUUAGGUUCAUGGAAACAAAAAACCUAAAUGAAAAACAACUAACCAAUCAGCGGUAAAGAAUUGGUACAGCUUUUGAAGGCUCAAGAGGCAAUUUUCUAUGACGGGUUAAUCUGAAGUAUCGAAGUUUCCUUCAUGUCCUGUGCUCCCAGAAUUCCGAAUUAGCUGAGGAAACAUAACUCUGGUCUUCUGACUUUAUGAUCAAAUGAUGUUAACGUGGGUUCUUUAGCUUUUAAGAUGACUCGCUGUGUUUUAGAAAGGUGGUAGUAGCCAGUCUUUAUUCUUGAAAUGUUGGCUGGAAUGCCAAACUGAAGGUGCCUGCCAUUUUCCUUUAUUGCCAAGGUUCUUCAAGUUAUUUUUAUGUUACUCUGGAAUCAAGUAUUUUAAAUUG